UCUAAAUUACAUUUCAGAGGUGAAGCUAUCUAUAUUGGGAUCACUACUAUUGUCAUGCGUGACCUAAAGGAAUGCUUAAUAGAUCUCUUGCGAUCGAAGGGAAUAUCGAUGGCAGAGCGAAGCACAACACAAUCGACAGACAGAAUAUCACAAGCACAUCAUUUGGAUAUCGAAAUAAGUGCAGGGCGAAGUGCUGCUAAUUCAUCUUUUGCAGGAUAUGCCGUUCCCAAUUCUCAAGAGCUUGCUGCGGGGCCUAUAAUCCACUUUAAUGAAAACCUUUCAAUGGCACGAAAAGCGGAUAUGACAAAUUUCCCAUUGUGCUCUUCGAGAAUUAAAGAGCUGGAAAUAAGUUUAGAGAACGAUGAAAGAGAUUUAAUAUCUGUAGAAGAUUGGAACGACUCGAUGCCGAAGAAAACGAUUAACAAUAGUCAAGAUUGUAUAGACAAAGCGCUAACCGACCUAGAAUUAAGUAAAAAUACAUCCGAAGAUGUUAGCGACGGCGGAACUCUGCUUGAUUCUUUUUGCACUCUUUGUACGUCGUCAUUCAGUUAUGCUAAUUGCUAUCCGUACAGUGAGGAUUCCUUCUCUGGCUCAAAUUUUGAAUGCAAUUCAUUGACGAAAUACAGCAGAAAGUAUACAAAAGCAUCAGAAAGACGUGAUCUCAUUUCGGUGAUCAGCAGAAGUGUUAGCAGGAACUUAGGCAACGCUGCCAGCUGCCCAAUCCAGAACGACAACCAGAUGCAUUCACACCAAUUAGACUCGCAUGACUCCACGGGAAGUAUUUCUUCCAUUGAAAGGCCUAAUGGAGGCGCAUUGGCUUUACAUUAUGCUGCAGCACGCGGCUGUUUAGACUGUGUACAAUUGCUGGUUGGAGCAUCACCUGAUAUUUGUGCAAACACUCAAAUGGACAACGAUGUUACACCAGUCUACUUGGCAGCGCAGGAAGGGCAUUUGGAAGUGCUGAAGUUUUUGGUUCUUGAAGCAGGCGGUUCACUUUAUGUACGCGCACGCGACGGCAUGGCACCGAUACACGCUGCCUCCCAAAUGGGAUGUCUGGAUUGCCUUAAGUGGAUGGUUCAAGACCAAGGAGUUGAUCCCAAUUUACGAGAUGGGGAUGGUGCUACCCCCUUACACUUUGCUGCUUCACGAGGUCAUCUUUCCGUCGUUCGCUGGCUGCUUAAUCAUGGUGCAAAGCUUUCCCUGGACAAAUAUGGCAAAUCACCAAUUAAUGAUGCCGCAGAAAAUCAACAAGUAGAGUGUCUGAACGUGUUAGUGCAACAUGGCAGCUCGGUGGAGUACAGUUGUCGUGACAAGAACCCCUUGCAACGGCAUAAAACUUGUUCCUUAUCUAGCAAGCAACUGCAGGAGACGCAAAACUGUAGUUUCAAUGGUAGCGACAGUGUUAACUGUAUCGGCAACUGCUCUCAUGGGAGCUGCAAUUCAAAUAGCAGUAAACAGACUAGCCGCAGCAACACCAUAAAAUCAAAGACAUCGUCGACUUUAAGCUCAGACAUUGAGCCAUUUUACUUGCAUCCACCAUCUAGUAUGAUGGCUCACAAACGUGUUGACGCGUUUUACGCACACUCGCAACAAUCACGGUCAUCUUCUGAAAAAUUGUACAAUAGUCAAAUGGUGCCGAGCGAUGGCUUGUAUAUCAAUCCAAUGCGUAAUAGCUUCUUCAUGCCCCCCUCACCCACUGGAAGCGUUUCGGGAGAAUCAUUCUUUCUUCACGAUCCGCAAGAGCUAAUUUAUAAUCGGGUGCGAGAGUUGUUUGACUCGGACUGUAGCAGCGUUAGGCAAUCAAAGCCCAAAAUCAAUCGACACAAAUCUCUAACUCAAAAUAAGAACAACAAAUCGAAUUCAACAAACAAUGCUGUGACCGUACAGGCAGAUGUCCACUCAAGCUCAAGUGGCACUGGAAGUGGAUCCGAGGAGUCUAUUUCAGUUUCAGUUCAAUCAAGUAUGAAUUCGCCCAAGGCAAACAAUCUUCGGAGCCACAGUUUCAAUCUUCAUCCAAAGUGCAACAAUCAAAUAAGCCGUCGUGAUCAAAAUUUAAAAAACAGCAUUGGUGUUAAAAUGAGUACCAACAAAAUUUCAAAAAUAAAUGAUAAUAUAAUAUCCGGGCUCAACUACAAUAAAAAUAAUAUCUGUAGCAGCAACAACAAUAUAAAGAAAGAGAACCAAAAUGAAAUUUCAAAACCAUCGAACUCAAAUAUUUUGAACAAUGAAAAGCACGCGGCGGAAAAUGCGCACGAUCAUGAUUACGAGGAUAUAUACUUGGUGCGUGAGGAAGCUCGAAAAAAUCAACACAAAUUUGCAUCUGGCCGAUCUCGGUCUCGCGAUAGUGGUUCACAUUCACGUUCAGCUAGCACCUCCUCAACUCGCAGUACAGAUGUCGUACUCCAAUACAGCAAUCAUAACCUGAAGAACAAACACAUAAGUGACCCACUGAGUCGAAACAAAUCGCAAUCGGCCAAUGGAUUACACAGAUAUGAAAUGUCGCACAAGGAAAGUUAUACCGUUAAAAACUUGAAUGUUAAGAACCAGCUGAAGACAAGUAAUAACAACAAUAAUGGUGGCAUUAAGAGCGAUACGUAUGAAAGCGUAUGCCCAAUAGAAGAUAUUGCGGAGCGCACAAAGCAAUCACACAAAAACUCGGUUAUUCGAAAUAAUCUGGACGGCGGCAGCUCCAACAACAUAUUUCAAUCAUCAUGCGGCAAUGAUGGAAACACAAGCGAUCGCCACUUGAAACGAGUUUCUUCUGCUCCGCCUAUACAAAGCGUAGCAAUUGCGAACGGACCACCACCUCCUCCAUUGCCGCCACCGGUGAAUGCUUCCUUACAUAAAAAAGACCAUUUGAUUGCAACAGAACCUGGAAGCGAUUGCCUAAUCAAUUCAAAUACCAAUUUGGAUUACAUAGAUUCCGAUUCAGGCCUAGAGGUCAUAGAAGAACCAAGUUUACGUCCAUCGGAGCUAGUCAGAGGAAAACAUAACCGAACUAUGUCUACAAUCUCGGCAAACAAGAAAGCUAAGCUUCUUAAUGGCGGUGGAAAUUCAAGUGCACAACAACCCCCUGCGACUACUCCCGUUGGUGGUUGUAAUGCAUCUAAUGCCGAAAUAAGCAAUUAUCAAGCAGUCCGAAUCGGCAGUUUCAACAAUGGCAACAUUGCUUGUGAAAGCUAUCACGUUUGCAAUGACCAACAAGAAGGCAGAACGCAGUCGCAAAACUACCAUUUACAUCAAGCAGAUAUCCAACAAAGGCAGCUGCAUCAAGGCUAUCAACAAUCUCAAGCUUAUGGAUCUUCAGCCGAGGACCACUAUGAACUGCAGCAGGCACAAUACGGAUACAAUAAUUCGAAUAUUGGUCUACCACCUGGAGCACAUUGUACUCGCCCGGGCGGCCCGAAUUUAGUUAAUAAGCAGUUAGUGCUGCCUUUCGUGCCCCCCAGUUUCCCAAACAAAUCGCAAGACGGCGUAACUCAUCUCAUAAAACCAUCCGAGUAUCUAAAGAGUAUAAGUGAUAAACGAUCGUGCCCUUCCUCUGCAAGAUCGACGGAUAGUGAGGAUUAUAUGCAUAUCCAGGUGACUAAUCAACAUGCAGCCGGCUUCGAGCCUCCGAAGCCACCACCGCCACCACCACUUCCAGUUCAUCCUGUAACACAACACAAUGAGAAGCAUAGCAAUAUGAAAACAAUGAAUUCGCACGUGUCCAUAGUCAAUCAGGAUACUGCGACGCGUAAACAACAUCAGCCACUAUCUGCCAUUUCUAUUCAGGACCUUAACAGUGUCCAGCUUCGACGAACAGAUACUCAGAAAAUGCCUAAGCCGUAUCAAAUGCCAGCACGUAGCCUUAGUAUGCAGUGUCUGACCACUUCAUCGGAAGUUUAUCUUAAGACCGACCUAAUUGCUGAAUUAAAGAUAUCAAAGGAUAUUUCAGGCAUUAAAAAGAUGAAGGUGGAAAAACAAUUAGCUGGUCAUUUUGAUUCUGAAAAUUAUUCGGAAAUUUCGAAACAGUUUACAGCCAACAAUUAUAUGGAUCAGCUUUAUUUGCAGAUUCCAGAAAAAGAUCAAGCUGGCAACGUGAUUCCGGAUUGGAAGCGCCAAAUGAUGGCUAAGAAGGCUGCCGAGCGUGCUAAGAAAGAAUUCGAAGAACGAAUGGCGAAAGAAGCUGAGAAUAGGCGGCUCUCACAAAUACCUCAGUGGAAAAGAGAUUUGCUUGCGCGGCGUGAAGAGACUGAAAAUAAAUUAAAAUCUUCAAUUUAUACACCCAAAGUGGAGGAAAAUAAUCGCAUAGCUGAGACAUGGCAGCUAAAGAACAGAGCCUUUUCAAUUGACAACAUUAAUUUGGUUUCUCCAUGCACCGAUACUCAGACACCUGAUUCAGAAGUGUGUGAUAACAGCAACAAGGAAAACAAAGGCCAAAAUGAACAAACCACAAUAGGCAAUAUGCCGCCGACAACAGAGGAAGCCAACACACAGAACAUAUCCACUGAGAAGCAAUACAUCAAAGUCGAUGACACUGACAACAUUAUUCCAUGGCGAGCCCAAUUGCGAAAAACAAACAGUAGACUAAGUUUAAUUUAAAGACAUACAUACAUGAGGGCUUAUAGCAACGAAAACAAUCGAGAAAAAACUUUUUGCUUUUUGCAUUGUGCACAUUA